AUGGGUAUAGUUCACGAAUUAGUAAUUAUUGCUCGGAAAAUUACUAGCGGCGGACCGAAAAUUGUGGUUGAUGAAAAACAAAAAUACGAUUUGCCAUUGUGUCCUGACAGCGCCAAUAAACUUAUAAAUCACCAUAAAAAAGUAAUCAAUUUGGUCGACCAGCAAAAAGAUAUCAAUCUCCCCUCAAAAGAAAGAGAAAUUGCUUUUGGAAAAAUUGGUGGGAAAUCAGGCGGUAGUGCUCUUUAUUUAGCCGUACUAAGUGCUUUAACUAAAAAACCAAUUUCCGCCCAAGUAGCCGCUACCGGAGCCCUAGUUGCUAACCGACCCAAGAAAGGAAGAGUUAAUGGUCAAGAAAUUAGUUUAGAAAAGGGAACUAAUUUACCCAUUCAAGGGCUAAAAGAGAAAACUACCGCUUGUGUGGAAAAAGGAAUUAAUCACCUAGUGCUUUCUAAAUAUCAAUCUUCACUUAAUCUUUUAACUCUCUUCUGA